CGCAAUCGCUGCACAAGUCCUCCAAUUCUGGAAAACUGGAUUGGCCGAUAGUAAACGUUAAUAAUUACAUUAUGGCAUCCAUAUGAUAUUAGAACGCCAGUUCUGCGCAGCCACUGCGACAAACUGAUUUUCGCCAAAUUGCCGAAAGAUUUUAGCUGGCGUUAAUGGAUUAACAAGUUUACUUUGUUUUCGCGGGACGCUGUUUGUUUUACAAAACUGAAAAUGCACACAGACUAGCACAAGUUAUGUAGUGCAGAUUGCUAUACGUUUGCAUUAAGUAAACUGCCUUGCUCUACGAAUAAGUGUAGCUUAUCUAGCCACCUAGUUAGUUUUCAGUUUCAUUAAUUACUAGCCAGUUAGCUAGCUAGUUAAAUUACUACGUCUGUUUUAGCAAAUGACACGUCUCAAAGGCAUUGGCGGAAAAUCAUAUCUGAAACAAUGGUCGCAAUGUUCAUAGCUGCAGAUUAGCUAACGUUAGCGUGGUAGUCUAAAUGCAACUUGUUUUUACUUGACUCUCAAUAGUGACUUGUGCGAUUUAGCUUGCUGUGUUACAUAGCAUUAUAAUUGUGAUACCCCAAUGUGUUUGUUUGAAAAGAGGCAUGGACCACCAAAGGUACAAACAUCACAACUCGAGCAAAUACAGCCACGGUCACCAUUCAGCGUUCAAAAGAGGACGUGAGGACGCUGUGGGAGGGCUUGAUCAGCACAAGCGACUGAGACCCAACCAAGACAUUUCCUCCGAUGUCUCUACUAACUCUGGGCCCUCUUCUCUCCCCCAGUCACUGAGCGCAAGAAGGCAACUCUACGAGAGAGAUUUCCCUGUGUACAAACAACCCGUAGAAGUCGGGUGUUUCUCUCUCGACUCUGAGCGCAGGUUUUUCAAUGACGCCAGGCAGCUGCGGUAUUACGUGGAGCCCGCGAGGCCCCCCAGUUUCAACCUGAGGGAUGGGUACCGUGACCGAUAUGUGAAGAGAGAUGACAGCGUGAAGGAAGGAAUCGACCACAUUUUGAGGUGGAUCUUGGCAAACAGAUCCAAACUCGAGGAGCCAGGCGGUGCAGCUGCCUCAUCGUUAACAUGUGAUUUGGGAGUGGACUUCAUCACUUGGCGCGGUCACCUGACCAAACUUCUCACCACUCCCUACGAGACCCAGGAAGGCUGGCUGCUAGCGGUGACGAGGCUCGGCGGCACGCUGUACAUGAGCGAGGUGGAGACGGAGGCGGUCCGCAGGAACCGGGAAACUCGCACGGAGAGGCACGAGGAGAUGAUGUACUGGGGCUACAAAUUUGAGCAGUACACCUGUGCAGCUGAGCCGCAUGGUGACCCUGAUGCCAAGGGAGUUGUGAACACCAAUGAAGCAUUCUGCACCGUGGUGCGGACACGUCUGGCCGGGCACAGGCUGCUGUUCUCUGGUGAGGUGGACUGCCGGGACGCAGACCCGGGGGCGCUACCCGCCCCUGCCUGCUACAUAGAGCUGAAGACCUCGGCCGAGAUCUGCACCCCAAAACAGCGCAGUAACUUCCACAGGUACAAGCUGCUCAAGUGGUGGGCACAGUCCUUUCUGCCAGGAGUCCCCCGUGUCAUUGCUGGUUUCCGUGACAAUGAUGGAAAAGUGGUUUCUGUAGAGACCUUCCACACUUCCAAAAUAUCCCAGCUUAUCAAGAAUGAAUAUAACUGCUGGAAGCCAACAGUGUGCAUGAACUUCUGUUCUGACUUCCUGUCCUUUGCCAGGAGUGUGGUGAGAGAGGAUAAUCCCAGGGUUGUGUACUUGUUUUCAUGGGAGCCGCACAGAGAUGUCACCUACUCUGUACACAGGGAUUCCCAGUACUCCUUCCUUCCUGAAUGGUAUGUGAGGGAAAUGACACACUCACCCAGUCAUGAGCUGGAAUCAUCUCACCUCGCCCCCUAAUGGCCCUCAGUGGAUACAACAUCCAAGGAUUUCAGUGGCCAGGAAACCAUUUUAAAACUGUCGUGAUUAAGACUGUGAUUUUACAGCAUUUAAUUUUCAAGGCUCAAUUAUCUAUGCGCAUCAGUCUAUAUUAUAUAUACUUCCAAAGGGACACUAUGGCAUCAUGGAGACUGUGCCGAAAAUGGGGAAGAGUGCAUCUAGCUACAAUCAAGGGAAACCCGCCAUUACAAUAGAAAUCAGAAUGUAUUAGUCCAGAUCCAUCAGCAAUA